GCUUUAAAGAAGUCAGUGCUCCAACUAUUACCCCACCUCUCAAUCAGCCCAAAAGAUCAAAAAAACGCCAUACCAAUUUGACAUUGGAUAAAAUGAUGGAAAAGUUCCUGCAGCAGAGCAUGGAUACAGACGAGAAAUUUUACAGAUUUGAAGAGCAGAGGCUCAAAAUUGAGGACAAGCGUCGGGAAGCUGAGCAUGCUCGAGAACUCCAGAUGUUACAGAUGUUGGGACAGAUGUUGGCUGGAAUUUCUUCUUCAGUAUCACAGAGGUCACAGUCUAUACCAACAAGUCCACCUCGGAGAGCGAACCAUCGUUCAUAUGCGGAUAACUUUAAUUAUAAUGCUAUGACAGCAACACUUUCUCCACCGAUAGUUAUAGAGAGGUCUUUUUCACUGCACAGAACACACACUCUGAAGGAUAUGGAGAAUAUUUUCCAGCUGGUGCGCAAUGUUAUCCCUCCUCUCACAGGGAAAAAGCAUAAAGGUCAAGAUGGUCGUAUAGGCAUUGUUGGAGGAUGUCGAGAAUACACUGGAGCACCAUAUUUUGCUGCAAUUACAGCCCUCAAAGUGGGUGCAGAUUUAUCCCAUGUGUUUUGUACCAAAGAUGCAGCAACGGUAAUCAAAUCAUAUAGUCCAGAGCUGAUUGUUCAUCCAGUUCUUGAUAGUCCCAAUGCUGUCCAUGAGGUGGAAAAGUGGUUACCACGGCUGCACUCGGUUGUCAUAGGACCUGGCUUAGGCAGAGAUGAAGUUCUGCUGGAGAAUGCUAAGGGUAUUAUAGAGAAAUCGAAAAUGAAAGGAAUUCCUAUCAUUAUUGAUGCAGAUGGACUGUGGCUCAUUUCCCAGCAGCCUUCUCUUAUCCAAGGCUACCAGCGAGCUAUUCUUACUCCAAACUACAUGGAGUUCAGUAGACUGUAUGAGGCCAUGCUUAGAGACCCCGUAGACAGUAGUGAUCAUCAUGGAUGUGUGCUAAGACUCAGCCAAGCCAUGGGGAAUUUGACAGUUGUGCAAAAGGGAGAAAGAGAUCUUAUUUCAGAUGGAGAGAAGGUUCUUGUGUGCAGCCACGAAGGGAGCAGCCGGAGAUGUGGUGGGCAGGGGGACCUCCUUUCUGGUUCUCUUGGAGUCUUGGCACACUGGGCAUUUGUUGCUGGAGCUGAAAAAACAAAUGGUCAAAAUCCCUUUCUAGUGGCUGCAUUUGGAGCUUGCUCUCUCACAAGGCAGUCUAACCAGCAAGCCUUUCAGAAAUUUGGACGUUCAAUGACAGCCUCUGACAUGGUUUCAGAAGUUGGAACAGCUUUUAACAAACUUUUUGAAACCUGAAGCCAAAGCAGCAAAGAAGAAAAGAACAAUGACUGCAAGAGUAAUUACAUGUACCGUAGAUUUUACAUAAUGCACCCUUUCAAGUGCUAUAGCAGCAUUGGUAUGUUAGGUAGAUUUUUUUAUUUUUAAGAAUAGAAAAAAUAUGAUUAAUGUAGAUAUUUUUUAAGAGUUUGGAAUACAAAACUGUUUUGGCUGAAAUAAGCUGUAGUUGCAGAUCUGUUAUAAUAUAAUAAAACUAAACUGAAAGUAUUCCUCUGUUCUUUUUGAUAGUUAUUGAGCAAUAACUAAAGUGUGAACAGCAAAAAAAAAAAAAUGCACUUGAUACUUAGAUAAAAUUCUUCCACCAGCUCAACUGAAUUUCUUGGAUUUCACCAAGGUUGUCACUUGUCAUUCUUAGACCCUCUGUCUAGAAUUAGCUAUUGCACUUCAUUUUUUGCCAUGCUAGUAGAGUAAGAAGCAAAAAGUAAGCCUCUUUGGAAAGAGAAUGCAUGAGAAUUGCUGUAGAUUUUGAAUGUAAUUAGUUGCCUUUUCCCAUUCCUGGUCCUAGAGGCAGCAUUCAUUUAGACAAGGCAUCCCUUCCUGCAACGUCUUGUUAUUUUUUUUUAAGGUUCUCCCUUGGCAGAAUAAAGAUAUGCUAUAGAUA